AUGAGGGAAAUAGUGAUGCUGGGCACGAGCCCACGAACGCAACGCUCCGCGUCAAGUGUCCAGCUUCCUGCGGAUUACACAACGCAAGCCUCAACAGUACCCAUAUUUCAUUAUCGUACCAAAGAUUUUAUUGUCGAUCUCCGAAAACCAAUCGAAUCGUCGUCGAGUAAAGGUCAACCUGAGCGAGCUGACCUGAAAGAACUUCUCCAUUCACGAUGGCAAGAGGCAAAAUCACGCAACGCAUUCAAUUAUGGCCUAAAUUGUAUGUACAAAUUAUUGGAAGGUCAAUACAAUCUUUCGAUGCAGUAUCGACAAGUUUGGCGUCCUUUCAGGCUAGACAUGGAAGCUAUUGGUUUUGCUCACGAAUGGCUCGGUUACGGUAUCAUUACUGUUGAUCAACUAAACGUCGAACGUGGAGAGUUACGGCGGAAACCAAUGCGAUUCAAGCACAUUAGAGAACCAUUCAAUCCUUUACGAUGGAAUUUCACCAAACUUAACGAGAAUGAGAUAAUGUUGUAUUUACGAUGUGAAGACCGUCCCAUCACUUCUGAUCCGCUUGACAGGCAUGUGAUAGCAGUGAAUGCAAGUCCCUUGGAAAGGGAUCAUAGUCUGAUUAUUCCGUCCAUCAACAAAUGCCUUCCACAGGUCCUCACAAAAACAGCUAUCCGACUGGCUACUGAUAUUAUGCUACUUGUUGCGGAUGAUUCAUUCAAUAUACUUUUUAAUAGUUUACUUGGACAAGCUUCAGUUAAUCAUCUACAUAUGCAUUGUUUAUACUGGCCAUAUGAAAGCGAUCUGAUCAAUAGGCGAUUUGAGCAUCUGAAUGAUCUCGCUAACGUUUACAUCAUUGAGCCACCGAAUUGGCUUUGUAGUGCCAUAGCGUUUCAGCUCACCAGUCUUGAAGAAUACGAUACGUUUCGAAGUAAUCUGACACGCUGUGUCGAAUUUCUAACGGAACAAAACCAGGCGCACAAUGUGUUCAUUACUCGAGCACAACCCAUUCGUACCAAUGGUCCCGUACAAGAAGAAGAUCGUGCCCGUAUACGACCACAAUUGGUUACCGCUUACGUAUUCCCACGGGUAAAUGCCAGCGGUAAGUAA